GGGGUGGGGGGGAGGAGCAGUCGGGGUUGUGAUGGAGGCUGAGGCUGGAGCCGGUGUGGGCCGGGGAGCCCUGGCGGUGUAGCGGGAGCGGCUCGGCUGCGGGGAUGGGCUGUGCUCAGCUGCUGGACCUCCUGGGUCAGGGGGUGUGGGCCUCGCUGACCGGCGGCUGGUACUUCGACCCCCAUCAGAGCAGAUUCUCCAACACCUUCCACCUGUACCUGUGGCUGUCGCUCCUGGGUUUGCCGCUGGUGCUGCACCUGGCUGUAUCUGCAAGCAGAGUGGCACUUGGUCUAUAUUGCUGCACUGUAGCUGUCCUUUUCGCUGUGAUAAAGACAAUCAACUAUCGGCUUCAUAUGAUGUUUGAGGAAGGAGAAGUAAUACAACAAAGCAGUGUUGCUCAGACUGAUACUGGUGCAAAGGACAGAGCAAGCUCUGGAAGACUGAAUAAUAACGAACAGGAACUAGUGCUUUCAGUUGAUCCGGGGAAUCCUGUGGAGGAUAUUGCUUUGACUGAAUUCAGCAGAGAUAUUUCAUCACCACCAGACUGCAACAACUCAAAGCAGUCUAUGCCUGACCUUGGGGUCAGUGAUGGAUCGGAACUACCAACAAAUCCUAAAGAUGCUGAAGAGCUUAAAGAGAGAGACAUUAGAAGACUUAUUGGAGAAAGCAAUAACUUACUACUUGAUCCAGCUCAAGGAGUUCUAUUGAAGGUUGGAAAAGAAAGAGAAGAUCCCAUUUUCAACAAUCCAACACCAGUGAUGCCCUACGAUUCUCCAGUUUGUAGCCGUCAAUCUGUUUCUCCUGUUGCAGCAUUCAGUGGGAAAAGACGCUACUGUGCAUUAGAAGAAGAUCUGCCUUUGUUCCCGGUACCAUCUACUUUGCCAUGCCCAGCUAUUGUCUGUCAGCGUAAUUCCACCAGAUUGUUAGAUGAUUCUAAUAACCCUAAAAUGGUACAUGUUCCCCCUCAGCUCUAUGCUACAACAGCUAUGUAUGGAGAACCAAUUAUUUCUGAAGCGUCUAGUUAUAAGCAAACAACAGGAACAGAAGAUACAAUCCAUUCACUGGAAGAGCCUAUAUCUAAAAAACAAUGUGCAGCAACAUUAAAUGAGGAUCUUUGCUUGCGAAAUAUUUUGGAUAUUGAAAUCAACGUGUUGGUGACUGAUGUUGCAGAUGAUUCUGUGACAGAACAAUAUGAGGCUUCAGUGUACAAUCUGAAUAUCCUUACUGGAAGUGGUACAUACUCUCAGAAAUGUUUCUUUAACUGCAUUAAUGAAAACGCUCAGCCUGGUGUUAGCCGCACUGAUUAUCCAUGUGGAAAUUGCCUGACUGAACCAAUUGAUGACUCUGAAAGGAUUAAAAUAGAAGAUCAAACAACAGAGGAGAGAGAGGACGGUUUGGAUGAAUUGAAAGAUGAAGUGGUUACUGCUACUGGCAUUACAAAUCCUUAUCUACUGAAACCUGUAGAACAUCAGGAAAUGGACCCAAGCAAGAACUCCAACAACCAGUUGGUGAGGUAUUUGGGGGAAAAAACAAAUCGGAAUAAUGAAAGUCCACAGUCUAGCAGAGGAUCAAGUUUUCUGAAUGUACAGGGAUCUGAUUCAUCAGACAUUCCAGUUAUUACACUGGAAAUUUCUGAAGAAGAUAGAUCACAUGAUGAUAAUUCUCUUGGUAGCAGUAGCUUAAUUCCUUCUUCUGAAACUAUGCAGGCAUUUGUAUAUGUUAAUGUAGAUGAAGAGAUACAAAUGCCAGGAGCCAGUGGGUCCAUAUCAAAAAUAGACUUAUCUGUAAGACCAAAGUCAUCCAAAUCCCUUAAACAGGCUGUAGACCACCAAAUGUACAACAAACCAAAGUCAAACACUCAAACACACUUAAGUCCUAGCUCAACUGUUGGCUCUGAUGAACAUUGGACUACAAGUGGAACCCCCAAGGACCAUGAAAGUUGUGAAGAUGAAGACUUUAGUGAGCACAAUAGUCUUAGCAGUGCUUUAAGUCUCCAGUCUCAUCAUAUUCUGUCAGUGGAUAGCUCUUCCAGCAGUGUUUCACAGUCCUGUCCUUCCCCAGAUCACACUUGCUCACAUCUACAGGCUCAGAGAGAUGUAAGAGCUACCUCAGAUUCCUUCUUGAAAGUCAUACCUUGCUUGAUAGAAAACCAAAAGCAAUAUGAUCAACACAUUGAUGGGGAUUGCUCUGAGAAAACCCAUGUCAGGGUUCUUAGUGUGGACAGUGGAGCAGAUGUAGUUUUAAGCAGAACCUCCAGGGGGAGCCCCAGUGACCAUGGAAGGACAUUAACCACUUCAAAAUCAGAUUUAGAAGCAAAAGAAGGACAAGUACCAAAUGAAUCAAACUUCAUAGAAUUCAUAUCCUUACUGGAAUCAAUUAAUAGCUCCAGGAUGAAUGCAGGCAAUCCAACAGUCUGGACUUGUGAACAUAGAGAAGAGGGUGCUGUGGGAGGAGAUCCUGUAAUUCCAGUAACAACAGAAAAUGCAACUUUAAUUAAGAGAUACCAAGAACACAACAAUAUGCUGAGAAGACCAGCAAUACGAAGGCGCCACAUUGUAGGAAGUAAUACAACUCUACCACCAUCCCUUGUCAGCUCGCCUCUAAUCUUACAGGAUGGUCAACUCCAGGCAUCUCCCCAGUUGCAGAAUCAUUCUCAUUCAUUACUGUUGAAUGGCUCAGUGUUACAAAGCAGUCCGUCAAGGCAUGAAGCUUCAUCACACGAUGAUACGUCUACUGGUGCAACACACUUUUUUUUAGAUGAGCAUGGAGAAAUACGAUCAUAUACGUUUGGUGUUCCCAAUAGAGGUUAUGAGAAUUCAUUGAAUCGCCUCCCAAGCUUAGAACACGUUCCAAGUAUACGGGAACCUCAGUCCCACUCUCCCAGUUACACAACAGCAGAUGGACAAGGUGGAGCAGAGGUUGCUGCAGCUGAGUCACCCUUCCAACACCAACCAGCUGUACUGCAGAGAAUGCAUAUUAGAAGAAGGCAUUCAGAGCCGCAACUGGGUCGAAGCAGUGCCCAUGAAUCUUCUGUUGACAUUGUAGAAGAAAAAUCCAACUGCAGACAAUCCUAUAGGUUUUGGGUCUUGCCUGGCAAGUGGGUGCAGAUUCAGUAUGAUCGCCUGGCAUUGCUGACCUUACUUGACAGAAAUCAGGAAAUUGGGGAAAACAUAUUGGCUGUUUGCCUUGCUGUCCUUGUUGCUCUUCUCGGAUUUACGCUGCUUAAUCUAGGAUUUUUCAGGGACUUGUGGGUGCUCCACUUCUGCCUCAUCAUUGCAAGUUGCCAGUACUCCCUACUGAAAAGUGUCCAACCUGAUGCUGCAUCUCCCAUACAUGGACACAAUAGAAUUAUAGCGUAUAGCAGACCUGUUUAUUUCUCUAUAUGCUGCGGCCUUAUUUGGGUCUUGGAUGCUGGAAGUAAAUGCACUCGAUUUCCAUCUUCUACCCUUUACGGAGUCACAUUAAUUUCUCCAGAAAAUUUUGGAACUGCCAGAGAUGUUGUUAUCGGCUUCAUGCACUGCUUCCCUGUGAUUUUCCUUCUGGGUCUUCUUCCACAAAUCAAUACUUUCGUCACGUAUUUUCUGGAACAAAUAGACAUACACAUAUUCGGAGGUUCUGCUGCCACGGGCUUAAUCUCAUCACUGUAUAGCUUUUCCCGCAGUUUACUUGCUGUGGUUCUGCUAUAUGUAUUAUGUUUUGGUGCAGUAAAGGGACCGUGGGAUGCUCAACAUAUUCCAGUGCUAUUUUCUGCCUAUUGUGGACUGUUAGUUGCCAUUUCUUAUCACCUGAGCAGACAAAGCAGUGAUCCAACAGUAUUGCUAUCUCUAAUUCACACUAAACUGUUCAAUGAAUUGAAAGCCAGGAAUCCGGAACAUCCUUUAUUAGAAAACAAGGAUGCACUUCCUGAAAAGCUGAGGAAUUCAGUGAAAGAAGUCUUGAAGUCUGAUCUUAUCAUGUGCUCAGUAAUUAGUCUUCUAACCUUUGCGAUCAGCGCAACCACAGUUUUCCUUUCAUUGGAGCCAUUUCUUGGUAUUGUGCUGUAUGCUUUGGCUGGGACAAUAGGAUUCUUGACUCAUUAUCUACUUCCUCGGCUCCGAACACAAGUUCCAUGGUUUUGUUUUUCACACCCUUUUCUUGAAACUAAGGAAUACAGAGAGUUUGAAGUCAGAGAUGCUGCCCAGUUAAUGUGGUUUGAAAGACUUUACGUCUGGCUUCUGUGCAUGGAAAAAUAUGCUAUUUACCCAGCUGUGAUACUCAAUGCACUUACCAAUGAUGCUUUCUCUGUCAGUAGUCGUAAGAAGUUCGGCAUACACUGCGAUGUUCUGAUGAUGACAGUGGCCGGAAUGAAACUGCUGCGCUCCUCCUUUUGUAACCCAACGUAUCAGUACGUCACUUUGAGCUUCACUGUCCUCUUCUUCCAAUUUGACUACAGAAACAUCUCCGAGACAUUUUUGCUAGAUUUCUUCUUAAUGUCGAUUCUAUUCAGCAAGCUCUGGGAUUUGCUGCAUAAGUUCCAGUUUGUUUUGACGUACAUAGCACCAUGGCAAAUCGCAUGGGGCUCAGCAUUUCAUGCUUUCGCACAGCCCUUUGCUAUACCUCAUUCAGCUAUGCUCUUUGUGCAGGCUGUUGUAUCUUCUGUGUUAUCCACUCCUCUUACCCCAUUCCUCGGGAGCGCCAUUUUCAUCACUUCCUAUGUCAGGCCAGUAAAGUUCUGGGAAAGGAAUUACAACACAAAACGGGUGGAUCAUUCAAAUACCAGACUCGCUACCCAGAUAGACAGAAGUUCAGGAGCUGACGACAACAACCUCAACUCCGUUUUUUAUGAACAUCUGACAAGAUCGCUGCAACAGAGCUUAUGUGGUGACCUGAUUCUUGGCCGCUGGGGAAACUACAGCAUAGGGGACUGCUUCAUUCUAGCCUCUGAUCACCUCAAUGCCCUGGUGCAGCUGAUAGAGGUUGGCAAUGGUCUGGUAACUUUCCAGCUCAGAGGACUUGAGUUCAGAGGUACCUAUUGCCAGCAAAGGGAAGUUGAGGCCAUAACCGAAGGAGUUGAGGAUGAUGAAGGCUGCUGCUGCUGUGAAGCGGGACAUUUUCCCCACAUGCUAUCGUUCAACGCUGCUUUUAUCCAGCACUGGCUGGCCUGGCAAGUAACCGCUUCAAAAUACGUGUUGGAAGGUUACAGCAUCAGUGACAACAAUGCAGCCUGUAUGCUGCAGGUAUUUGACCUGAGAAAGAUGCUCAUCACCUAUUAUGUAAAGAGCAUAAUAUACUAUCUGGUUCGCUCUUCUAAACUGGAACACUGGUUGAGUACAGAGUCAAUUCAGGAAGCACUGCAUCCGUAUACUGCAUGGAAUUAUGUGGACAGAGAUCCAGCCGUAUUUAACGUAAACAUCGAUGAAGACUACGAUCAUUGCCUCAAGGGAGUAUCAAGAGCAAGUUUCUGCAAUAUUUAUCUGGAUUGGAUACAGCACUGCAACAAUAAAAGGAAUAAGCCGGUGAGGAGUGAUGGAGAUUCCCCUUUAGUCACCCUUUGCUAUGGACUUUGCAUUCUUGGCAGAAGAGCUUUAGGAACAGCAUCACACAACAUGUCAAUCAGCUUGGAAUCCUUUCUAUACGGGCUCCACGCCUUGUUUAAAGGAGACUUCAGAAUAACAGCAAAGGAAGAAUGGAUCUUCGCAGACAUAGAUUUGCUUUACAAGAUUGUUGCACCUGGAAUCCGAAUGUCUUUAAAACUUCAUCAGGAUCAUUUCACUUCACCUGAUGAAUAUGAUGAUCCUGCAGUUCUGUAUGAGGCAAUUAGCUCCCACCAAAAAAAGCUGAUCAUUUGUCAUGAAGGCGAUCCUAUGUGGCGUGAUUCUAUACUGUCCAAUGCUGAGUCACUGCUUGCCCUCAGGCAUGUGGUAGAUGAUGGGGCAGACGAAUACAAGAUAAUUAUGCUUCAUAAGCGCUACCUCAGCUUUAAGGUGAUUAAGAUCAAUAAGGAGUGUGUCAAAGGAUUGUGGGCAGGGCAGCAGCAGGAGCUGGUGUUCCUCCGCAACCGCAACCCAGAGAGAGGCAGCAUACAAAAUGCUAAGCAGGUCCUGAGAAACAUGAUCAAUUCAUCAUGUGACCAACCAAUUGGCUAUCCAAUCUAUGUCUCCCCUUUGACCACGUCAUACGCUGGAACACACCAACAGCUAAAGAACAUCUGGGGUGGCCCGAUCAGUUUAGAAAACCUGCAGCUCUGGUUCACUUCCAGGUGGCAGAGUUUGCGGAAAGGAUGCAGUGGAGGGAACAUUGAUGACUCAGAAUGUGGAGGAGGUUCUUCGUCGAGCAGCAAUAACCACACUGGUAAUACCACACGAAGCAUCAGCUCUAAGCAAACCAGGAUGUGGACACCACAUCCCCUAGCUCCACUGACUAGUCACCGUGCUACAGUACAAAGAGAACAAAGGAGUCGCUCUGUGCAGCCACGUUCAUCCAGAUCAGUGACCCAGCGACCACCUGCUGAAAGUCAGUCAGGGUCUGUACUUGAAACGCAGCACCCACUGUCACGGGCUUCCACAUCUGUCCACGGCAUAGUUCAAAGGUUAUCCAACAGCCAGCUGUCCUUCAAUAACUCAAUAGCUUCUAUUUUAUCCCAAGUACCUCGACUGUCCUCAGCAAGCCAGCCUAGUAGCCAAGGUCAAUCUGCUACACAGAAUAGAUGCAGCAUUGCCUCUUCCACUAGCUCCACACUAAGCCUUUUGUUUGGGAAGAGAAGUUUAUCCAGUGGGCUCGUGAUAUCCGGACUUUCAGCAGCAGAUGGAGGAAGCACCACUGACACCCAGUCAACCAGCAGUGUCAACGUUGCCCUUGGACCAUCAAUCAGAAGUGGAAGUCAGGCAACACGGGAUGCUUCUGAUACUUGCCUGAGCCCUGAUGCUACCGUCUCCAGCCAGAUGAGAGAUGCUGCUCAAACAGACGAUGCUUCACACUCUCAGGAUGGAGACCCACUCUGUGACUGUACCAAACAAGAUGGGCCAGAGAACAGGGUUUCUCAUCUGAUGGUGGAGAAGAAUCGGCAGUGAUUACUCAAGUUUUAAGUUGAGUUACAGGUCAGCGAAUCAGUAAUGAGAAGGCAUGCAUUUUCAAUAAUACAAAAAUAAUAAAGGGGAGCUUAGAAAAUACUUAUACUGAGGGUGGUUGGAACGUUGAAUUCUCUGCAACAACUUAGUUGAAGCAGAGUCUAUAGAAUAUUUUGAAAGGGAAUUAGAUAGAUGCUAGAAAAAAGAACUAUUAAAGGGUUUAGGGAGAGUAAAGAUGGGUGGGAUUACAUUAGGUGACUCAUGGAGAAAACACCAGCCAGAUUUGAUGGGUCAAAAUAGCCAGUUUAGGUGUUGUAAUACUCUUCGAUUUAGCCCAAAUCAAAGAAUGAAAGAAAGCAGAUUUUUUUCACAUAAUAAUAAUAACAUGAAACAUUAAACAGCAAGGGGCACUUGUGAUAGGAUUCCUUGUCAUUUGGAAAAGAAACCUGGAGUAUGAUCUGGUCGAAUUAUUUUGUAUCAGAUCCUAUAAAUUGCUUUGUGUAAUGGAGUGAAAAUAUAUUUUCAUUUUAAAAUUCAAUCACCAUCCCAUCAAAAAAAAAUUCUCUGAGAAUGCCUGGGAAUAAGAACAUAAUUUGAUGUGGUUUAAAAGACCACAUAUUCCUGUUUAUUCAACCACAGAUGAGUUAGAUUUCAGUCUCAUCAGACCAACACAAAAUUCAUUUCUGCAUAACUGCCAUAAUGUUCCAAAAUAUUUAUAAGGUUAUAGCUGCAUUGUGUACCAUUUUAGUUAAGGAUACAUGAUACAGUUACUCUUUAGCUUUCUGUGUGUAAUAUGUUACAGAGAGAUAAACCCUUUUCCAAGGAGGGUAUAUUUCAGAAAGGGUAACUUUUGUUGAGCCAUAACCUUAAGCAGGUUAGGAGAAAAAGGGGUGUGGAACAGCACAACUUAUGUGUGUCCUGCAUCUCAAUGUGUUCACUGGUUUGAAUGCAGUUUGACUGUGUUUGCCGGUGAUAAAAUUAACCUUUAAGAGGUGUAAAUAUUUCAUCCACACUGGAUGUAUUGCAAUGUUGUGCUGCUGCUGCUCUUUCAUAGGGAUGAAAUUACAGUAUAUACAAUCUACAUGUUAGGCACAUUUGCUAUUGAUUUGGUUUGGAGAUUCUUGCAUCGGUUUCAAUGCUAUCUUCAUUUUCCUUGUAUUGUUUAAUAGCUGAGUUGUUGUGAAUUGAUAGUUGGAGUUCAUAAUUAUUCUUCCCCAAUAUUUACUAAAAUGAAAAUAUAGAUACCACUCAUUAUUUUCUCCCAUGCCAAGUACUUUUCCCUGAGAGGAGAAACAGGCAGAGAUGUCAAAUCCUUUGCCUAAGCCACACUUACAUGAGUGAAUGUCUCCGAUGUCAAUUCCUUUCUUCUCGCUAACUGGCAUAAAUUCUUAACCUGGAUUUGUUCAUACUUUUUUUAAAAAAAAGUGAUAUUAAACAUUACAAUCUUCCGUUAUUACAAAAAGUACACUUAGAUGUUUUCCUCUAGCAUAAGCACUUUGACCUGCAGCUAGAUCACUAAUGUGACAUUUAUACUGCUUUCAUGAUGAAUUGUUGCUGAAAGCACAAUGAAAAUUUGGGUUUAAAGGCAUCGAUUUGAUUCCAAGCUCGGCUCACUUCAGGAAGUGAUUCGACCCAUCGCUGCAGCACAUUGCAGCCAACUCCAAACAGAUUUUAAACUUAAGCAAAAAAAAAAUUAUUUGUGUGAUCCACUGAAUGAAUCAUGCAGCAGUAUAAAUCCAGCAGAAAUGUCUGUAUACAGCAGGUGCUUUAUUCUGGCCUUAUUCUGUAUACAUCAGUGGUGCUAGUGAUGUACCCCGUAUGCUUUCGAAUAAUUCAAGAUUAUUAUUCUUGUUUAGUGAGUUUAGUUAAGCAUUUACACAAAGUGUAUUUUUGGUUCUUAAAGACAUGUUAUUUUGUGCUUCUUCACUAAACAAUUGAUAGAAAGAAAUCUUAAAAUUGAAAUAGAAUAAUGGAUUUCAUUUUACUUUCUACAAAUACUUAAUGGCAUCCAUUAUGCCUCUGUAAUACCAAAUUUCUUUCCAUUAUGCUGCUGAGUGCACAUAGAGAUAACAGAAUUAACCACAGAGUCCUACACAAAAUAUAACUGUGCAUGAGAUUGCCUGUUGAAAUCUGCUUAAUAACUUAUAAACGUAUAGCCAUUUUAGUUUUAUGAUCACUGAAGGUUCGAAAAUGUUAUCGGAUCAAGAUACAGAAGAAAAUGGAAUGCAAUUUAUUCUUAAAACAUUAUUUCUAGCAAACAUGUAGGUUUUAUUUAUUAAGUUUUAUUUAUUAAGUCAACACACGGAGAAUGUAUUCUUGAAUCAGAUGCACAUAUUUCUGGUUUCCUUAGUGUCCGUGUGCAAUACCAGUAGCCUGCAAAGUGCCCAUGUACUGGUAACUACAAAUCCUUUUUUNCCUAUUGAUUUAAAAUUCUGUAUUCAUUUAUUGUGUUUCAGUUGCCUUGAAUUUUAUCAAUGUUUUAAAUUGCAACGCAUGAUGCAGUGUGCAGUUUUUAGUACUGUAUGUAAUUCAGAAAAUUAAAAGUUGCAAUUUUUA